GAGUUCAGCUAAAGACAUGGCGGAGGGGAGGAACUGUGAAAACUGCUUUGGUUUAAGAAUAAAAGCAAAACAAUAGUGACAGACUCGGAAACCUAGAGGGAGUGAUAAAAUCGAAACAACUGGAUAAAAUGUCUUAAAUUUCAUGCCUCAAGGAAAUAAACGCAGUCUCGACCGCCACUAAAAGUAAACCCGAAGACGCCACUUGCACAGAAGAGAAAGGGAUAAAAGAACACAAGCCAGAAAUGAACGGGGACGUCGCAUGUAAUGGUCAGCCUGCGAAUCCCCAUUUUCCGAACCCCGACAAGUCCCACUCUCUUCUCCGCGAUGAGAACCCCGGAAAGCGGACGACCCAUGGGGACACGCAGAUGUACGGCCAAGGGAGGCGGGGUGGACAGCCUCACUGUGCUGAAGCGUAUUUCCACACGGUGGCAGAGACCUCUGCAGGCAACAACGCCGCCCCCCACAUCCGCGGCCACAAGAAGAAGACAAGCUUCAGCAAGGCCAAGGGGACGAAAGCCACCCUGAGAACAGCAGACUACAAAAACUCCCAGAACAGGAAGCUGACAGAGUUUUAUCCCAUAAGGAGGAGUUCCAGGAAGUCCAAAACAGAGCUGAAGUGUGAAGAAAAGAAACACAUUGAUGAGCUGAUCAUGAGUGGGACUGAAGAAGGAAUGGAGGUGCAGCACAUUGAGGGGAAAGGAAGGGGGGUUUUUGCCAGCAGAAGUUUCCGGAAAGGCCAGUUCGUCGUGGAGUAUCACGGGGACCUGCUGCAAAUCACCGACGCCAAAAAGAGAGAAGCUAAAUACGCACAAGACCCUUCCACCGGCUGCUAUAUGUACUACUUCCAGUAUCAGAGCAAAACAUACUGUGUGGACGCCACGCCCGAAACCAGUCGCCUGGGAAGACUGAUCAACCACAGUAAAAACGGCAACUGUCAAACCAAACUGCACGACAUCAAGGGCAGGCCUCAUCUCAUCUUGGUGGCCUCCAGAGACAUUGAGGACGGGGAGGAGCUGCUGUACGACUACGGAGACCGCAGUAGAGCUUCCAUCGAGGCCCACCCCUGGCUCAAACACUGAUGCACUGUACGCGUCCCGUGCUUUUCAUUUCCCUGGGUUUGGAGUGUCCUAAGAAGGGAAAAUGCAAGUGAUACAACCCUAUUGAGACCAUUUUAAAAUACUGAAAAUUGCCUUAGCAACAGAAUGUGUAAAUCUUUUCUUUUUUUCUCUCUCUCUCUGCGGGAGUGGAAGUCAGGCGACUGACUACAAUGACUUGUAUUAAUGGAUGAAGGCAAUCUUUAAAUGUCCUUGAUGAAUACUUUUUAAAUUCCUAUCUAUAUAUUAAUGCGUGUUUUCAAUGCAUUUUUUUUUUGUAUAUUUUGUAUACCCAUAGACCAGUGCUUCCAGAGCAUGCAGGUACAGUUCAGAGGUUCUGCAUUUUUAUACAAGUUUUCUUAAUCUAUUGUCUGGUAGUUAAAAUAUGCUUAGCAAUAAUUAUUUAUGGUACCAGAAUGUUUCUGGGCAAUGCAGAAUGCUAAGACCGUUCUCUUUAAAUGGUUCCCAAAACUGGAAUGUGAUUCCCGUCAAUAACUUACACUUUACUUUUAAUGUAACCUUUUGCCAUGUUGGGUGUAGUUAUUUCAUGAACUUGAACAAAUAUGUACCUCUAACACACAACGCUGUUAAAUGUCCACAACCAAAUGCUUUAUGUGAAAGUAUUUAAAUAAAUCUAUGCUGGGUUUGGGGCAUUGUUAAAUAAAACUGUUUUAUGCAA